ACAGCUUCUUCUUGAUCAUCUCAUCUGGAAACAGUUGUGAAGUUUCCUUUCAUCGUUGGAGGAGAUAGACCUAAAAGAGUGCGAUUGGAGAUGAGAGAAAAGCAUUCUCUCCAUGAUCAAGUUGAGAUGCUUGGUGCUGUGCCACAUGCUUGUGUAUGGUCAGUGCUGAUCUCUGGUCAUAUAUUCUUAAACAGAUGUGGAACUGAUGAGGCUGCCUUUAUUCUUUCAAGCUCUUAUUGUGCUUCAGAUUCAGAAGUUCUUCCAGAUGACAUGAUAGUACUUGCUGAACCAGAUCCCAAUGACAUGGUUCAGGCAAUUAUGAGAGCAAUAUCUAUUCUCCCUAGGAUUGAUCCACAAGAUAUGCAUGACUGUAUGGAGAAACUGUAUAACUGGCAUGAUGUUGCCAAAAGGACAGAGAUUGUGUAUGAUCAUGCCUUGAAACGCUCCAAUCAAAAUCUUCUUCAAUAUCUCUCAUGGUAUCUUUCAUGUGGUUCUUGGGCGGGCAACCUCUUUUGCUUGGUUAUGAUAAUUGAUUUUUUUGCUAUGGCGUCUUUUGCAACUAUUGCAGGUAGUUUAGCGCUUUGUCUUAGAUACCUGCAGAAGAGAUUGAGGAGGUGCCUGAUUUCUUUCUACCCCACCAUCAAGAGCGUGAGGUAUUGGAUGGUCUCAAAGAAGAAUAAUGCCCAAGUUGAAAUAUUCUCCUCCAACUUUAGCUCCAUUUCCAUAAUGUUUGCCUUCCUCAUUGGGCCUUUUGACGCAUGUGUCCUCCAAGAGAUAUCAGCAUCAACCCGGGAAAGAGGAAAGGACAAAAUUGGUUGACCAAAGGUCCCAAAAGUGUCUCCACCAAUCCCUACAUGACACAGUUAAGGUACAACCUAAUGCUUCUCCCCUCUAUUCAAAUUAUUAAACCCAAUAAUAUAUCAUGCCUGGCAAGCCUGAAGUUGAUUGAUCUUACAUCUGUCUUCUUCCCCAGUUAGGUGCCCUCUCAUGUUUAAUUCCAUAGCUUCCUAGCCCUUUGUUUUUUUGUAAGUCAUCCUCAUUUCCUUGUUCUUAGACAUUUGUUUACUCUUUUUUUUCUUUAAAGUCAUCUGUUUACUCAAUCGAAGGGGUGCUUUCUACUUUUGCCAACGUUAAUCUUCUGUUUUCCUAAUUUAUGAACUUUCUUGCAUAUGAACAAAACCAGGAAUUAUCAAUGCCUUUAUAAUGAAAUGACGUCUUUAUA